AUGAUUGCAGGCUCGAAACUUCUCAUGCUCGGUCUCUUCGGAGCCUUGGCAGUACACGCACUCCCAGAGCCAGCCAAGGCUCAGGUUACGGCAGCUCCGAAACUCGAAGAGAGAGCGACCAGCUGCACUUUCUCCGGGUCUGCUGGUGCCUCGUCAGCGAGCAAGUCGAAGACUGCUUGUGCCACCAUUGUACUGUCGGCAGUGGCUGUGCCAUCUGGCACGACCUUGGAUUUGACUGGUCUGAAUGAUGGGACAACUGUGAUAUUUGAAGGUGAAACCACAUUUGGUUACAAAGAGUGGUCAGGGCCUUUGGUCUCGGUCUCCGGCACCGACAUCACGGUCAAAGGUGCCUCUGGCGCAACACUCAACGGUGACGGAAGCCGUUGGUGGGACGGCAAGGGCUCGAAUGGCGGGAAGACCAAACCGAAGUUCUUCUAUGCGCACAAAAUGUUUUCCUCCACCAUCAGUGACAUCCACAUCGUGAACUCUCCCGUUCAGGUUUUUAGCAUCAACGGCGCAACAGACCUCACGCUCAGUGGCAUCACUGUAGACAACCGCGAUGGCGACACCGACGAGGGAGGCCACAACACCGACGCAUUCGACGUUGGAUCAAGCACGGGAAUUACCAUUACCGGUGCGACGGUCUACAACCAAGAUGACUGUCUCGCAGUCAACUCUGGAACGGACAUCACGUUCACUGGCGGUCUUUGCUCUGGUGGACAUGGCUUGUCCAUCGGCUCCGUCGGCGGACGCAGCAACAACGAUGUUGCCAACGUCAUCAUCGAGAACUCGCAGAUCCAAGACUCCACAAAUGGUAAGGGUAUAUCAGCGCUGGGCAUUGUCUGUUUGGUAUUGACUUGUGGUACAGGCGUGCGGAUCAAGACCGUUUACGAGGCCACUGGCUCUGUCAAAAAUGUCACCUACAAGGACAUCACGCUUUCGGGAAUCACCAAAUAUGGGAUUGUGAUCGAACAAGACUACGAGAAUGGCAGUCCCACUGGCACACCGACCGACGGUGUACCAAUCACCGACCUCACCUUGGACGGGGUCAAGGGAACAGUUGCGAGUAGCGGAACGAAUGUGUACAUCCUUUGCGCCGAAGGGGCUUGCUCCGAUUGGACUUGGGAUGGUGUCAGCGUCAGUGGUGGCAAGACGAGCAGCGCUUGUGAGAAUGUGCCGAGUAGCGCCAGCUGCUGA